UAUUGGUCCCUUCUCCUUUACAGAGAGCUCCCAGAGGAAAAGGUUAAGGUUGACAGCACGAGUGAAAAGGCAGGUUCAUACUACCAGAGUUCAGGAAGCAAUCAGCGAUCCUUUUGUUGUCAAAGACCGCCGAAGCGAAUCAUAAAGUGAACAACUGGAAAAAGUCUGCGUAUAAGAAGUUUGACGAGCGCGAGAGGUCAGGGCAUCUUACCCCUGAUUACUUCAUGAUCAAUGGCCGCCCAGUCCGUGCAGUGCCCCAUGAUGCGGGUCCUUCGGUACAAGAAUUUGGUGAUCGACGUCCAUUGAAUGGGUGCUCACAGCCGGCAGUCCUGUCAAACAACGACGCUGGUCCUUCAAACCAAGAAACGCUGCCGUUUUCGCAGCCCACAUAUGAACAGAGUGUGCAUCAAGGACUUGACCAGCACGAUCCUUGUACGUCACAGAGUGUAUCUCCUUACUAUCUGGCCCAGGGAAAUUUCAUAAAUGAUCAGGGACAGGGAUCAUUUUCAGCAGAGCCAACUAUUCCGUCCCACAUUCUUGCACCAGUUCCAGAGGAUGACCCGAUCACAUUCACAGCUGCAAGUCUAACUGGCCAACAGAAUGGACACUUCAGCUUCUCGACAACUAAUGCUCCUGGUACUUCUUAUCCUGCAGCAGGUGUUGCUGGGACUUCCUCAGAUGGAGUUAGUCUGGGAACCUCUUCACCUAACCAUGUGCAGACUGACAUCCUCAGUGGGUUAACUCCGAUUGAAUUCCAGGUAUGGCUAGAACUACAAGCAACUUUGGUAGACCAGGAUUUUGCACAAACUAACAGCGAACUGCUGAAUUCCGACAGCCAAUUUCAUGGUUUUGAACAUGACAGACGCGACCGCUGACUAAACAUGAAGCAACUGCAACAGGCUGUCCUCUACCAUAGUCAAGUAUUCAGUGUAACUAAAUAUUUGGUUGUAGAUAUGAAUAAUUUGUAAAUAGCAACACGUAUUUUUUCAGAUUGCUCCAUAUAUGCUAAAUUUGCUCCUGUUGCAGUAGACAUAUGUCU